UCUCAGGGCCAACCCGACAUGGUCACUUCAUCAAAUCAGUAUUAAUAUUAAAUAUGUGGUUUUUCAUCAGUUUUGUGGUAUUUUUCGCUAGUGUUGUUGGCCAUAGCAUUCCAGCCUGCAAAGCUCCACUCACCAGGCUGAAUGAUGGAAACCUGAUGCCUAGAUUUGGCUUCGGGACCUGGCUCGGGCUUAACAAUGAUCAGUUGCCAGUGGCGGUGACAGACGACUCCGUGCAGAAGGCGGUGGAAGUAGCCAUCGACGCGGGGUAUCGCCACAUUGACACUGCUAGCAUCUAUGAUGACGAAGAUCAGGUGGGAAAAGCGGUGAACAAAAAGAUCGCAGAAGGCGUGGUGGCUAGAGAAGACUUGUUCAUCACCACCAAGCUGUGGAACGACGCGCACGCCCGCGAGGCAGUGGUGCCCGCGUUGCAGGAGUCGUUGCAGAGGCUUAAUCUGACCUAUGUGGACCUUUACCUCAUCCACUGGCCUUUUGCUACUGAGACCAAACUUCCCAAGCCUUAUGUGGAUAUCGACUAUCUAGAGACUUGGCUUGGCAUGGUGGCGGCCAAGCAGCAGGGCUUGGCCAAGUCUAUAGGCGUGUGUAACUUCAACUUGGCGCAAAUGGAGCGACUCUGGGAGAACAGCAGUGAUGUGAAGCCUGCCGUGUUGCAAGUAGAGACAAACCUGAACCUUCAGCAACCAGAACUGCGGGAGUUCUGCCACAACAACGACAUCGCAGUGAUGGGCUACACGCCCUUCGGCUCGCUGUUCCCCGGCCGCGCCAAGCCCGACGCUCCUCCUCCGAGAGCGGACGACCCUCAACUUGCAGCCAUCGCCGGCAAGUACAACAAGACCGUGCCGCAAGUGGUGCUCAGGUAUCUGUUGGAGCUGGGCGUGACUCCGAUCCCCAAGUCGGUGAGCAGCUCCCGCAUCUUGGAGAACCUGGACAUCUUCGACUUCCAGCUGGACGAGUUCGACCGCCGGCAGCUGAAGAGUUACCAUAAUAACUACCGCGUUGUCGACGUCAAGUUCUUCAGCGACGCCAAAGAAUAUCCGUUUUAGAUAUAACCCGGAAAGGUCCCCAUUGAAUGUAAUCAGAAAUAAUCAUAGCCUUUUAUAAUCUGUGGGACCUAGACUUGAUUAUAAUCAGAAAUAAUCAUAGCCUGUAUAGUUUAUAGAUGAAAUAAAUUUGUUUACAAUUA